AUGAUGGGGCGCCACCAGCGCUCGCGCUCCGCCUCGGCGAGCUCCACGGCGACGCGGUCGGACAUCACCGAGCUCGACUUCGCCGCGGCGGACCUCGACUGCCCCUUCGGCAGCGUCGACGCGCUCGGCCCCGUCGAGCUCCGCGAGGCCGCGUACGAGAUCUUCUUCAUGUCAUGCCGCUCCUCCGGCGCGGCACCGAGCAGGGGUAGCGGCGGCGGCGCGGCCGAGGGGGAGGUGUCGUCGCCCAUGGCCGGCGCCGGCGCGAGGGGAGGCGCCGCCGGGGGCGGCGUCAUGGGAGGCCGGGAUAAGAAGGCGCUGGGCCUCAGGCCGAGGCGGCUGUCGUCGGGGGCGCAGCCCAUGAUGGCGCGCACGCUCAGCCAGACGUCGGCGCCGGGGUCCCCUGGCCGCUCGCGCCGGCCGAUGACGUCGGCGGAGAUCAUGCGGCAGCAGAUGCGGGUCACCGACCAGAGCGACGCGCGCCUGCGCCGCACGCUCAUGCGCACCGUCGUCGGGCAGGUGGGCAGGAGGCCGGAGACGAUCGUCCUGCCGCUGGAGCUCCUCCGGCAGUUGAAGCCCGCGGAGUUCGCCGACGCCGAGGAGUACCACCAGUGGCAGUUCCGGCAGGUCAAGCUCCUGGAGGCCGGCCUCAUCCUGCACCCCUCGCUCCCCCUCGACCGCCUCCACUCUGCCGUGCUCCGCUUCCGCGAGGUCAUGCGCGCGACCGAGAUCCGCGCCAUGGACACCGGCAAGAACUCGGAGGUCAUGCGCGCCCUCACCAGCGCCGUGCACGCGCUCUCCUGGCGCUCCGGCACCGCCAGCGCCGCCGUGGAGGCGUGCCACUGGGCCGACGGGUACCCGCUCAACGUGCUCCUCUACUGCUCCCUCCUCCAGACCAUCUUCGACCUGAGGGAGAGCACCGUCGUGCUGGACGAGGUCGACGAGCUCCUGGAGCUCAUCAAGAAGACGUGGCCGACGCUCGGCAUCAACAGGGCCGUGCACGACGCGUGCUUGGCGUGGGUCUUCUUCCGGCAGUACGUGAUCACCGGCCAGGCCGAGCCGGACCUCGCCGCCGCGGCGCUCGCCGUGCUCGUUGACGUGGCAGCCGACGCCACGCAGGGGAGCCGUGACCCGGUCUACGCCAGGGUGCUCCUGAGCGCGCUCGGCGGGAUUCAGGCAUGGUCGGAGAAGCGGCUGCUGGACUACCACGACAGCUAUGGCGAGUGCAUCGGUGGCGCCGCCACGGAAGGCAUGGAGAUCCUUCUGUCCCUGGCGCUUGCCACUGGCAAGAUCAUCGCCGACCGGGAAGGCGCCGGAGACGGGAACUCCGCCGGCGACCGCGUCGAUUACUACAUCAGGUGUUCGAUGAAGAGCGCCUUCACCAAAAUACUCGAGAACGGACUCGGCGAGACCGACAGCGUGAUCAUCGACCGCGACAACGACCCCGCCUCCGUCCUGAUGCAGCUCGCGAGCGACACGGAGCAGCUGGCCAUGUUCGAGCGCAGGAACUUCAGCCCGGUGCUGCGGCGGUGGCACCCCGCGCCGGUGGCGGUCGCCGCGGUCACCCUGCACGGCUGCUUCGGCGUCGUGCUGAGGCAGUACCUCGCCAAGGUGGCCGUCCUCACCGAGGAGCUCGUCCGCGUGCUCCACUCGGGGAGCAGGCUGGAGAAGGCCCUGGCGCAGAUGACGGCCGAGGACGCGGCGGACUGCGACGACGGCCGGGCCAAGGCCGUCGUGGGCGACAUGGAGCCCUUCGAGGUGGAGUCCGUCGUGAUGGGGCUGCUCAAGGCCUGGAUGGACGACAAGCUUGGGCUCGCCACGGACUGCCUCCUCAGAGCCAGAGACACCGAGAGCUGGAUACCCAAGUCCAAAGAAGAGCCCUUCGCGGGGUCCGGCAUGGAGCUGAUGAAGCUGGCACGGUUCACCCUCGAGGAGUUCUCGGAGAUCCCGGCGAGUGCGAAAGAGGAGGUGGUUCAGGACCUCGUCGACGGCCUCGAGGCCAUCUUCCAGGACUACAUCUCCUUCGUGGCGUCUUGCGGAUCGAAGCACAGCUACCUCCCUCCGCUGCCGCCGCUGACGAGGUGCAACCAGGACUCGGGCUUCUUCCGGCUGUGGAAGAAGGCGGCGCUGCCGACGUGCCAUGCGCCGGAGGGCAGCCCGCGCGGCGGCGGCUCGCACCACAUCCCGCAGCCGUCCAUCAGCCGGGGCACGCAGCGGCUCUACGUCCGCCUCAACACGCUCCACUACGUGCUCUCCCACGUCCAGGCCCUCGACGCCUCCCUCGGCUCCUCGUCCGCCCACUUGGACCGCACGCGCGCGGAGGCGACGUCGUCCAUCUCCGCCGUGGCCGAGGUCGCCGCGCACCGGCUCAUCUUCCUGGACUCGCGCCACUCCCUGUACCAAGGCCUCUACGCCCGCGGCGUGGGCGACGCCCGCAUCCGCCCCGCGCUCCGGCUGCUGAAGCAGAACCUGUCGUUCCUGGUGUCGGUGCUGGCGGAUCGGGCGCAGCCGGUGGCGGUGCGGGAGGUGAUGCGGGCCUCCUUCGAGGCGUUCCUGAUGGUGCUCCUCGCCGGCGGCAACGAGCGAAGCUUCGCGCGCGCCGACCACGCCGCGGUGGAGGAGGACUUCCGCAGCCUGAAGCGCGCCUUCUGCACGUGCGGGGAGGGGCUAGUCCCCGAGGACGUGGUGGCGCGGGAGGCCGGGACGGCCGAGGCCGUCGUGGACCUCAUGGCGCGCUCCACGGAGUGCCUCAUCGAUGCGUUCAGCGUCGCGGCGUGCGAGGCCGCCGCCGCCGGCGAGGGCGACAGCGGCGGCGGCACCACGCCGCUGCCGCCCACGACGCGGAAGUGGGAGCCCGCCGACCCGAACACGAUCCUCCGGGUGCUGUGCCACCGCGACGACGAGGCCGCCAACCAGUUCCUGAAGCGCACGUUCCAGCUCGCCAGGCGGCGGUGAUGAGGCUCGGCCGCAGCAAUCGGCGGUCGAAUCACGUCCCGGAUCACAGCGGAUGCAGUCGAGGUGCUGCUGCUCGCAGUUUCUGGCUGGGAAUCGCCGACGUGUAGCUCGCGUUCGAGGGGGAAGGGAAGACAAGCUGCGCCGCACUUGUUUCUGUACGGGCAGUAGAAGAUUUUGCAGUUCACCUGAGAUCAGCUCGGCACAAAUUGAGAGAAGCUGAAUGCAAAAAAGAAAAGAAAGGGCACCUCAAUGGGCCGUAAGAGAAGAUCUUCGUAGGCCCCCUCAGCCCAUUCGCCCCACGCCUCUCACUUCAGUUCCUGCUCUGCACGGGCUCAUGCGUAAUACCAAAGUACUGCGAGGGGUCGCGCGCUAAAGAACCAUCAAGACGUAUGGCCUCUGUCUCUGUGAUCUGGGCCGCCCCGUUGUGAUCCAACGCGCCCCAGCCGGGCCCGCCCGACCGCACGCCGCCGCCGCCGCCGGCGGCGACCAAGGAGACGCUGUGCGUCGGUGGUUACCCCCCGGCCUGCGAGGUGCGAGCCCUCUCCAGCCACGGCUUCUGAUUCCGCCACUCGCGCCAUCCCUGAGCCGCCGCCGGCGCCGCGCGUCGAAUCCUUCGAGCCGUCCGCGCGCCCUUGCUUGAUCCGCCCCGCCGCUGCCAUACACUGUGAUUAACAUGAAGCUGAUGUGCCUUUUGCACUCCUUACCUUGACAUUCUUCUUGCACAAUGCUGCAGCGACAGCACGAGCAACCUUUGAAAUAUUUCCUGCAAGAACAACUUGAUCUGUGCCUUGGGGAAUACCAUUCACAACCACCGCAGCAGCUAAGCUGGUGCCAUCUACAAGUCGUACCUCCAACUUUGGGUACUUCUGUAGAUAAAGUUCUCCAUUUCCAUUGAGGUUAUUUGCCUGUGGACAAACAUAUCAUUGUUAAUCAUGAUUUCUAUUGUGCAAUCUAUUGCUAGUAACUAGUUACUAGCUUUGCAUCUGGAUAAUUUAGUCAAUGGUAAUUACAAAUGAGUACCGAUGUGACGAAGUGAACAGAUGAUAAAGAGAUCUUCAUAGUUUGAGUUCAGAUACCUACUAUAUCAUACUCUAUAAUGCUAUUGUUAUGUAUCCAUUAUCAGAUAAGAAUUACAGGAACUAGUGCCAAUUGCUACUUUCUGAUAAUUUUCUUGUUGUUAGUUGUUUGCCUUUCAUAAUGUAUGCAACUAUCCUUUUUGUUCAGUCAGGUCUGUAAUGAUUUUUUUUCCCUGACUUCCAGAAUGGCAAUACAUAUACAUGCAACUUUUAUUCAAA